AAUUGCGAGGAGGAGUUUGACGUUAUGAACAACGAUAAGGGCGAUUGCGUCUAUCAUCCCGGCGAGCUCGAGGUUUAUGAUGGAGACGACUUCUGGGCCGACCAUGAUGAGGAUUGCCAUGGUGUCAUUGACACAGAAGAAAUGCGCAAGAUGUUUCCCGAGGGUUUUAUGUGGGACUGUUGUGAGGUGAAGGGCGAUGAGCCUGGCUGCAAGGAAUCUAGGCAUCGGCCUUCACGAUUUUUUCCGUAAUUCAAUUUGGAUGGCGAUGCGAGUCGUUUUACGAAGAGGGUUUUUACAAAU